AAGAAAGCAACAAACUGCGGCAAGAAUUCGGGAUCCGUGGACGCGAAGGGAUGGUCGACGCUUCAGCUGGGCUGCUCCUUUAGUUCUGAUUCUCCGGCGUCCAGAGUUUCGGUUUCGAUUCAUCAGCAACAGAAUCUAGAAAUCAUUACUUUCGUGUUCCUGCGAAUUACAAUUUGGUGCUGUGGCGUGGCGGGGAAUUCAUUGGAUCAUUCUUGUACCCGGUGCCUGCACGCCUGAGUAUUUAAAGACUCAUCCGCGCAGGGCGGGUUUUUCAGUGAGAUGUGCGAUUCCACGUCGGUGUGAUACAGUUUUCUUGCAGAUCUCGGACGCGUGAUUUCUGUCGACCUGUGUCGCAUACGCCCUUAAACCAAAUCGAGUGCGUGAGUAGCGCACUGACGCUCAAAUAUUCUCAACAGUUUUAGUUCCGAUCGGAAAAUGGUUCUUUAGGCGCAAAAUCUGAAGUCGCCCUCUUGUGCCGAAGAUUGAACCAUCGCUCUUUGGUAUCAGAUUUAACUGCAAUAUGUCCAUGAAUUCCAAAUGCAAGAAUUCAAACCAUCACAAAUCUCGAAAAUCACAUUCAUCAAGAAGAAGCACAACAGAGCUCAAGGAAAGGAUGGAUGUUGCAUUCAUGACACCGACAGGGAAUUGUUCUACUGAACGUUUAUCACUAGAUGAAUCAGACAAUGAUCUGAGUGAAGUUCCAGUCCAAAAUGGAGACAUUAAAAUCUCCAUAAAGAAUGGCCUACAGAAAGAUGUCUGGCAGAAGGCACUCGAUGCAGCAGAGGCACAGCAGGAACCGAAAGAUGAGAGAAGUGAUUCAGUUAAGGCAAUGGAUACUCCAUUGUCCAGUCAUUAUGAACAAGAGGUACGACCAUGCAUUGAUCUCAUUGACUCGCUGAGAGGAUUUGGUGUGGAUAAAGAUCUGGGGCUUCCAGCCAUCGCAGUCAUUGGUGAUCAGAGCUCUGGGAAGAGCUCAGUCUUGGAGGCCCUUUCUGGAGUGUCACUUCCCAGAGGGAGUGGAAUUGUAACCAGAUGCCCACUGGAACUGAAGCUAAAAAGAGUUAAAAACAAAAAUGCUUGGAAGGGGAAAAUCAGCUACAGGGAUUAUUCAAAGGAUCUCAGCAGUGCAUCUGAGGUGGAAGAAGAAAUUGUCAAAGCCCAGAACAGUAUUGCCGGGCAAGGAGUGGGAAUCAGCAAUGAAUUGAUCAGUCUGGAAAUUGAAUCCACCAUUGUCCCUGACCUGACCUUGAUAGACUUGCCAGGAAUUGCCCGAGUAGCAGUUGGUGACCAACCAGUUGAUAUUGGAGAGCAGAUUAAGAGACUUAUUAAAACAUUUAUUCAGAAACAAGAGACAAUUAAUCUUGUAGUCGUGCCAUGUAAUGUCGACAUAGCAACCACAGAAGCAUUGAAAAUGGCUCAGGAAGUGGAUCCCACUGGGGACAGAACUCUAGGCAUUUUAACUAAACCUGACCUGGUUGACAAAGGAACGGAGAUGAAUGUGGUGGACAUUAUGGAGAACUUGGUGGUGGAACUGAGUAAAGGUUACAUGAUUGUUAAGUGUCGAGCCCAGAAAGAUAUCAAUGACCAAAUAGCACUCAGUGAUGCUAUCAUGAAGGAAAAAGCUUUUUUUGAAGACCAUGAACAAUUCAGGCCACUUCUAGAAGGAGGAAAGGCUGGUAUUCCAAAUUUGGCUGUUCGGCUGACAAAGGAACUUGUUAACCACAUUAAAAAAUCGCUGCCUCAGUUGAGAAUGGAGGUGGAGAAGGAACUGAGCAAAUCGUUGAAAUCUAUAAAGGGGUACAACACUGCGGUCCCGUCUGCUUACAGUGAGAAAAUGACAUUCAUAAUUGAGAUGAUCAACAAUUUCAGUAGCCAUAUAAAGAAUUUGGCUUCAGGGGAGGAGCCACACGACAGGUCGAAAGGGGAGAGAUACAUCACCAAAGUGCGGAAGGAGUUUGCAGAAUGGAAUUCAUUCCUGCAAGCGAGAGUAUCAGACUUUGAAAUGUACGUCCGUGAGGAAGUUCUCCAGUAUGAAGAUCUUUACCGGGGAAGAGAGCUGCCUGGAUUUGUCAACUACAAAACCUUUGAAUCUCUUAUAAAGAAAGAGAUUGCUGAACUGGAAGAUCCAGCGAUUAAGAAAAUGAGAGAAGUUACAAAGAUCACAAGGGAAGCAUUUCUGGAUAUCGCUGAGCAACAUUUCAGUACUUUUUUCAACCUUUACAAGGCUGCCAAGGUCAAUAUCGCAGAUCUCAGCUGUGAGCAAGAACAGGAAGCAGAGAAGCUGCUGCAAGCCCAGUUUAAGAUCGAAAGUACGGUGUACUCUCAGGAUAGUCUCUAUAGUGGCAGCCUGAGCAAACAGAAGGAAGGUCAAGGAAAAAACUUUGGAAAUGCCAGCAUCCAGGAAAUGUCUUAUCAUUUACGAGCAUAUUACAAGAUUGCCUCUAAUCGACUGUCUGACCAGAUUCCCAUGGUCAUACGUUGCUACAUUUUAAGUGAAUUGUCUGAAAAACUACGGAUCCAGAUGCUACAGCUCAUCCAAGAGAAGGAUCGCAUCAAUGAAUAUCUGAUGGAAGAUCAAGAUGUACAGAGAAAGAGAGACGAGCUUAAAUGCAGAAUAGAGCGAUUGAGAAAAGCCCAGAAGAUAUUGCUUGAAUUUGGUUAAAUGCUAUGAAAAUGCAUAUAUACUGUUGCUCUUACUACUUUUUUCUAUUUGGUUUUGGUAUCAAAAGUCACGCUACAUUACAGGUGGUCUUUAACCCUGCAAAUGUUAGCAGCCUAUUCAUAUAAAUUAGAGAAAUAUAAGGGAUACCCUCACCCAAUUUCUAUAUGUCUUUGGACAAUUUCCUUUUCCCUAUACUGACUGAAAUUAGGUAACUCAAAAAGAAAUGGAUUGAAUUCCAUCAUAAGUAUACUGACCAGCACAAUAUAUAAACUGGUUUAAGCUGACAAGAAAUUUGUAGUUAUUUUUAAUGUACCUGAUGUAAUAUCACAAAGUAUUCCAAGUACUUGUAUUCUGUGUAAUAUUUCAGAUGUUACAUUGAAAUAAAGGCAAUUUAAAAGCAGAUAAUUAUUGGCUA